AUGAGCCCAUCUUAUCUUAAGAUUCAUUCUGUUACUGGCGAGAAAAUAGAAGUAGACAUAAGUUAUAAAGACUUAUAUCUUGGAACCUGUAUAUCUAUUUGCGAUUUUGAGAAACUUAAUAGAAUUGGUGAAGGAACAUAUGGGGUUGUAUAUCGUGCAAAAGAUAAAAGAAACAAUACUAUUGUUGCACUUAAAGCAGUACGUAUUUUUGAUAAUGAUAGAUAUUCUGGGAUUCCUAUUACAGCAUUAAGAGAAAUAUCUCUUCUGAGAUCUUUAAAACAUAAGAAUAUUAUAAGUGUUUUAGAAGUAGCGGUAGGAGAAGCACUUGAUGAUAUUUAUAUGGUAGAAGAAUAUUGCGAACAAGACAUGGCAAGUAUGAUGGAUACUAUAUGCGUAAAAUAUACACAAUCAGAAGUAAAAUGCCUAAUAAAGCAGCUUCUAGAAGGUGUAGAAUAUUUACAUAGACAAAAUAUUAUUCAUAGAGAUUUAAAAAUGUCUAAUCUACUUUUAAAUGCAAAGGGUAUUCUAAAAAUAGCUGAUUUUGGAAUGGCUCGGGAAUAUAGAGAAAAUGGGAUGACUCCUCAUGUUGUAACUAUUUGGUAUAGAUCUCCGGAAUUGCUUUUUGGAAAAAAGAAUUAUACUAGUAGUGUUGAUCUUUGGUCUGUUGGAUGUAUUUUAGGAGAAUUAAUAACAUCAGCACCUCUUUUUCCUGGAAAAAACGAAACAGAACAAGUUCAAUUGAUAGUUAAUUUACUUGGCGCCCCCAAUGAAGCUAUUUGGCCAGAAUUUGGAAAACUUCCUCUUUCUAGACACUUUCUUUUUUUUUCGAACAAAAGUAAUAUGAUAAAACAGAAAUUUUCCAAUCAAACAACAACAACAAAGGAUUUAAUAAAUUGUCUUCUUACUUAUAAUCCUGAAAAACGGAUUUCGGCGAAAGCUGCUUUAAACCAUGAAUAUUUUCAGGAAUCUCCCCUGGCUCAAGACCCUUCUCUUUUGCCUACAUUUCCUGAAAUAAGAAACAAACAAAAAAAUGAUUACAAGAGGGAAAAUAAGGCAGCUUUAAAGUAUAAUGACUAUGUUUUUGAUAAUUUAGACAUUGAAAGAUCCUUUGGAAAACGAAUAAAAAAAUGA